AUGCUACCACCAAAUCCAUCACCGACUUUAUCAACUUCUGCAACAGUAUCAUCUGCUAUCUCAAAUAAUGACAACCAUUUAUCAAGUACACCCUCAGAAAAUGAUCCAAAUAAAUCAUCGACGACUCAAGCUACGAUUUCGAUGUCAGAAGUUGAAACAGUUGCCAACAAUAACAGUGGUGACAUUGAGAAAGCGGCGUCAAUCGAAGUUCAAACAUUAGAUAUUCCACCGGAAAGCUCUACGCAUUUGAAAGGAAUAGAACUAUUUCUGGUUAUGGUUGGGUUGGGAUUUGGAGUGUUUUUAGCUUCUCUUGAUCAAACAAUUGUCGCAACUGCUCUACCACAAAUCGCUUCGGAUUUUAAUGCAUUGGAUCAAAUCGCUUGGGUUGCAAAUUCUUACCUUUUGACAACGACUGCAUUUCAACCAACGUAUGGUAAAUUAUCAGAUAUUUUCGGACGAAAAGCGACAUUUCUCUUUGCAAUAGUCGUGUUCGAAUUAGGAAGUCUAUUAUGUGGGGUUGCUCAAAACAUUACUUCUAUGAUUGUAUUUCGUGCAAUCGCUGGUAUGGGUGGCGGUGGCAUUCUGAGUUUGGUAGUGAUUAUUAUAUCGGAUAUCGUUCCACACCAUGAUCGUGGUAAAUACCAAGGACUUAUCGGUGCGGUAUAUGGAGCUGCUUCACUUGUCGGUCCUCUCUUGGGUGGUGUUUUUACCGACCACGUAACUUGGAGAUGGUGUUUCUUUAUUAAUUUGCCAUUUGGAACUAUCGCAGCAGCCGCUGUCAUUAAAUAUCUCAAUUUUCCAAAACCGAAAGGUUCAUUAAUCAACAAAAUUAAGCGUCUUGAUUGGUGGGGAACUCUGGUUGUAAUGGCCGCUACUAUUGCUUUACUUUUGCCACUAAACUGGGGUGGAAAUACAUACGAAUGGACGAGUCCAAUUAUUAUCGUAUUACUUGUAGUCGGUGCUCUCUUGUUUGUUCUUUUUGGAUAUGUGGAAGGUUGGAUUGCUGUGGAGCCAGUUGCUCCCAGUCGUCUCUUUAAAGAUCGUGCUGUUCUUGCAUGUUUCAGCGUAAUCUUUUUCAAUGGCAUGACAUUUUUUGCAAUGAUUUACUAUCUGCCACUUUACUUUCAAGUCGUAAAAGGUGAAUCAGCCACAACUUCUGGAUUAGAAUUAUUACCAUUUGUUUUGGGUGUUAUGGUAUCAUCAAUCGGUGUCGGACAAACUAUCUCGCGAAAAGCUAAUACCCGUAUACAACUUUUGGUGUUGCUCGGCGGUACAUUGAUUACUGUUGGUGCUGGACUCGCAAGUCUUUUGAAUGAACAUUCUAGUCGUGGAAAGCAGAUUAUAUUCAUAUUACUUCCGGGUCUUGGCGUUGGUUUUAUUAUUCAAACGACAUUGUUGUUCUGUCAUGCUGCAGUUGAUUAUAAAGAUAUCGCGACUGUCACUUCUAUGCUCGUAUUUUUUCGAUCAAUUGGCGGCGUAUUUGGCGUAGCAAUUAUCGGGACAGUCUUCAACAACGAACUUAGCAAUAGGAUCGAAGCUUUAAAACUUGGUAUUAGCGCAGACGCUGUGAAAAGUUCGACAUACCUCAAAAGUUUACCCUUGAAUUUACGAGAACCCGUAAUUCAUGAAUACGUUGAAACAUUACGAAUCUCUUAUCAUGCCAUGGUACCUGCCGGUGUUUUAUGUUUUUUAAGCGCGAUACUUAUAGGCAAGAAUAAAAUAAGACAUUGA